UGGGAAAUUUCGCGUACAUCUAUUAAAUUAAUUGAGAAGCUUGGUCAAGGAGCAUUUGGUGAGGUAUACCGCGGCCUUUGGAAUAAUACAACACCCGUCGCUGUCAAAACAAUGAAACAGGGUACCAUGUCAGGAAUAGAAUUUCUCAAAGAAGCUGCUAUUAUGAAGAAGUUAAGGCACCCUAAACUAAUUCAAUUAUAUGCAAUAUGUAAAAGCGAACCUAUCUAUAUCAUUACAGAAUUAAUGGAAAAUGGCAGCUUAUUAGACUAUUUGCGUGAUAAAGAUAGAGGACAUAAACUACAGCUCCCUCAAUUGAUCAAUAUAACAGCGCAAGUUGCGUACGGUAUGGCAUAUUUAGAAACUCAAAAAUAUAUACACCGUGAUUUGGCUGCUCGUAAUGUAUUAGUAGGAGAAAAUUUGGAAUGCAAAGUAGCCGACUUUGGUUUAGCUCGUGACGACUUAUAUGCUAGCAAACCGGAAGCGAGCACGAAACUACCCAUCAAGUGGACGGCUCCUGAAGCCUUAAUAUACAGUAAAUUUAGUAUCAAGUCUGACGUGUGGUCAUUUGGUAUACUAAUGUACGAAGUUAUCACAUAUGGUGGCCAACCGUAUAUCGGUAUGAAAGGUCAAGAGGUAAUCAGUAAAAUACAGUGUGGUUACAGGUUGGAAUGUCCUAGCAAUUGUCCUGAGCAUUAUUAUAAUUUAAUGUUGGAAUGCUGGCAAAAAGAUCCAGAACAGCGGUUAACAUUUCAGGCAUUGCAAUCAAGUUUAGAGCAUUUUUUCGAAGAUAAAGAUAGUUACUUGGAGGAUCAGUAA